AUGGGUGCUUUAUUCCGUAACACAGGGGAAGGCGAAGAAUUAGCUGGUUGUGAUCUUUUGAUUAUUAGUCCAAAAUUGUUAGAACAAUUACAUUCUGAUACUAAAAAAACCAUUAAACGUAACCUAAGUCCUGAAAAUGAAAAAGUUACCUUUGAUGAAAAAGGUUUCAGAUGGGCACUUAAUGAAGAUGCUAUGGCUACAGAAAAACUUGCUGAAGGUAUUCGAGAUUUUGCAAAAUUAAAGACUCACUUGAGAGAGCUUUUAUCUGCUUGA